AUGGAGGUUGAUAGUAAGACUAAUACAACAAGUCAGCAGACACCUGAUGAUGACACUAUUGUAGAGUCACAACAACAAAAACAACAGACUACUGAUGUCGACAACCAAUCACAACAACAACAACAAAAGACACUUACUACAACUGUUAAGAACAGAAUCAAGCAAGGUGACACUGUCAUCUUGAACAUAAACAAUGGCGAGACCUACAGAAUCAUCAAGUUGGACAAUGAUAUGAAACAAACAUUUGGUAAACUUAAGAAUAUAGACUUGACACCAGCGAUUGGACUGCCUUAUUAUACAACGUUCUCGGUUGGCAAGGAUAGGGUGCUCGAGCAGGUCAACCCAAAGGCACUGGACGAGGAGUUGCUGCGCAUCACAGAGAUCAGUAACAAUCAGGACGCCAACAACAGUACGCUCACAAGCUAUAACACGUCACAGAAGCUCACGGGCGAUGACAUCAAGGGCAUGAAGGCAAAGGGCGGCGACUACAAGGAGGUCAUUUCGGCACUCAUCGACAACAGCUCAUCGUUCCACACCAAGACUGCCUACAGUCAGAUCAAGUAUCUCAAAAAGAAGAUGGCCAAGCACUCCACAAUGAUUCGCUUCCUCAGGCCAACUCUAAAGACACUAUGUGAGUGCUAUUACUCCAAGGAUCCAAGGAAGAUAAGGUUCGAUACAUUUGGUCAACUGUUGACGUUGGCAAACAUACGCGCAGGAUUGAAGGUGCUGGUUGUCGAGACUACAAUGGGCCUGUUGACUGGUGCGAUCGCAGAGAGAAUGAAUGGCGACGGCAAGGUAUUGUCGGCUUUCGUUGGUAAGGGCCCUUCGUUGUCCAUCGCCCAGAACUUUGGCUUUGCUUCCAAUGUCGAACAGAUGAUCGUACCCUUUAGCAUUGAGGUGCUGCAUCAGCUCAACGCAGAAAACCCUGCCGACAUCAAGACAACAGUGCCCGGCACAACGUCUGGCGGCAUCUUCAAUCAGAACCAGGUGGAGGUCGCUACGCCCUUGCUCAAGGAGGGUGUGGACAGCUUGAUCAUCGUCACCAAGUAUCAUCCACUGAACAUCGUACUCGCAUGUCUGCCAUUCCUCAACCCGAGCGGUAACAUCGUCGUCGUGUCUCAGUUCCAACAGCAAUUGAUUGAAUGCUAUCAAUUCUUGAACAAGGGUCCACUCGCACUAAACUUGGCCAUCAGUGAGAUCUGGAUGAGAGAGCAACAGGUGCUACCCAAGCGUACACAUCCAACAAUGAACAUGGAUGGAUCAUCUGGCUAUCUAUUGUCAUGUAUCAAGGUCAAGACCAGUACCAACACUACCACUACUACCCCAACAACUUCAACAUCCUCGACAUCUACGACAACCUCCACAGAUACCAACAACAACGACAAUAACAAUAAUAACAAUAACAACACAGAGGAGACAGUAACUACUGCUGAUGCUGAAGAAGGCGAUCAACAUGCAAUGAAGAAGAGAAAGAGAGACGGAGAGAAUGGCGAGCAAGACGAAGAAAUGGACAACUAA